AUGGAAUUUUAUGAAAUAGUCAAAUCUAUCGGCUCUGGUUCAUUUGGUUAGGUAUACUUGGCUAGGAAUAAAAGAGAAGAUCGUCUUUAUGUAAUAAAGCGUAUCAAAAUCAGAGACAUGAAUCAGAAGGAUCGUGAAAAUACUGAAAAUGAAGUCAGGUUAUUAUAGAAAUUGAGACAUCCGAACAUUGUAGCCUACAAGGAUUCAUAUUUGGAUAGAGAACAAUAUUUAAAUAUUGUGAUGAUUCACUGUGAAGGUGGAGAUAUUUAUUAAAAGAUUCGAAACAAGAAAAGUUUCCCUGAAUCUCAAAUUUUGGAUUGGUUUGCAUAGAUGACAUUGGCCUUGUGUUAUUUGCAUGAGCAGAAAAUCUUACAUCGAGAUUUGAAGACUCAAAAUAUAUUUCUCAAAAAUGGCAGAGUUAGAUUGGGAGAUUUUGGAAUUGCGAAAGUGCUUGACUCAACUCGUGAUUUGGCUAACACUUGCAUAGGAACUCCCUAUUAUAUGAGUCCAGAGUUAUUUAAAUAUAAACCAUAUUCAUAUAAAAGUGAUGUAUGGGCACUUGGAUGUUGUCUCUAUGAAAU